AUGGCAUCCACAAAGACGCUCCUGCUCAAACUGGGUCGGACGACGCUAUUCCUAAACGUACCCAGCACGCCGCCGCAGAUGAGCACGGGCUCGAUCCUACGCUCCUUCCACGGUGCCAUGAUCUCGUCCAACUCGCCUUCACCCUCGGCCAUCCUCGCCCCCCUCGCUGUCGAAUCCGAGUCGAACACGGAGGCGGAGGUGGAGUUUCCGUCGUCCUGGACCGAGGUGGAUCCGCAAAGCGACCUGGCGCUGUAUCGACUCGGCAAGAACGAUGAUGGCGAAAAGGUCUUCCAGCCCUGCAGCGAGGGCGCAAAGGACAAGGUCGAGAUCGAGGAUGAUGAGGUGUUUGCGGUCGCGGUACGCGCUGUUGGUGCUGACAAGAUCGGGAAACCCAUCGUUAAGCUCGCGGAUGAAGAGGAAGACGACGACGACGAAGAAGACGGAGAGGCAGGACUGGAUCACGAGGGCGUCGAGAUCGUCGAGGCUCCCUGA